AUGCCGCGUUCUAAGAAGUAAUAAAAAAUUAGACAGAGAAGCUGGAUUAAUAAAGAUGAGGAAGAACAGUGUUACAAUAUUGUAAUGAAAAACCCUAUCUUUUAUAAGCAGCCUGUUCACACUCAUGGGAAAGUAGUUUUAUACGGUGAUGUGAUAAUUGAUGUCAACUCUUUUAUUCAAAAUUAAUCCUACAUUCCCAAACUAUAAUUAGGCAUCUCAAAAAUAAAUAAAAUAGUUAAAUUGCUUAAUGAAAAGCAAAUUAUAAUAUACACUGAGACACUUUGUCCUUAAUUAACAGAUUUUACAUCAAUAAUCAAUAUUCUCAAAUCACUAUCUUCCAGCGAAUCGUAUUAAUUAGCAUAGUAAUUAGAAAAACAUUAAGAGCUAACAAAUCGUUAAUUGAAGCUUUAUGAUGACAAAAAAGAAUCUAAUUAAUAAAUCGCCUUGCAUUACGAUCCAGAAGUUCUGCUAAAGAAAUGCCAAGAAAUAGUUAAACAAAAUUUAGAUUUCGAAGGCUAAAUCUUUGCCUUUAAUCUUUAUACUUUUGAUCCUGACAAAAAGAGAUUAAACAGAUAUUUAGCUACUCAUGAUGUUAAGCUCUUGUUGCUACUUUGUGAUGAUGAAGAAGAACUCAAAAGAAGAUUUUUAAGCUAUAAAAUUAAUUAGCCUCAAGGGAACAUGAAUCAAUUUAUAAAAAUUCAAAUACCAAUCAUAGAUAAAUAAGUAGAAGAGGAAAUAAAAAUCUACACUUUUGAUAAUUAUAUCAUCAACUCAAAAAUUACUUAAGUCUGUAUAAAGCUAAGUGAAAAUUCUAACAAUAUCCUAAUGCUAAGAAAGUACAAUUUUGAACCAUAGGAUUUGCAAGAAUUAAAGAGAGUUAGGUAACUAAAAAGACAACAACACCAAUAAAUUGUCACUCAGCUCCUUCUUGAGCAAUCUUAGAAUUCUUGUUCACAAUCGCAAUUAACAGAAAAUUUGUUUACCCACGAAUCAUAAUCAUUCUCAAUCUAAACGUUCUUACAAAAAUUCGAAGAUAAUGAAAAUACAGAUUGA